AUGAAGUUCAACAAGGCUGUGUCGGGAUCUAGACGAAAAAAUAGGGCCCGGCAUUUCAAUGCCCCCUCUCAUAUCAGGAGGAAAAUCAUGAGUUCACCCCUCUCAAAAGAGCUCAGGCAGAAAUACAAUGUCAGAAGUAUGCCCAUCAGAAAGGACGAUGAAGUUACCGUUGUUCGUGGACACUACAAGGGACAGCAGACAGGAAAGGUGACUCAAGUCUACAGAAAGAAAUUUGUAGUCUACAUUGAACGAAUCCAGCGUGAGAAAGCAAACGGUGCAACUGUCCAUGUUGGUAUCCAUCCUUCAAAGGUUGUCAUUGUUAAGCUGAAACUGGACAAGGAUCGCAAGAAGAUUCUGGAAAGGAAGGCCAUGAGCAGAGCCAAGGCUCUGGCAGAGAAGGGCAAGUACACAGAGGAAACUAUGGAAAGCUGA